UGGGAGGGCAGCGCGGUCUGAGGUGCGCCUGCGCAGAUUUGAGGCACUCCUGGCAGCGGGGUCUGAGGUGCGCCUGCGCAGGUUCCAGGCACGCCUGCGCAGGGCUUGACUUCCCGCGCUUUUUAGGAGGUCUGCGGUAGCGGACUGGGCAGUCUCCGCGACCGUUGACUGAGGCGACCGUUGACCGAGGCGGCGAGGCGGCGAGGCGGCGAAACCUGCGAGUGAAAGUUGGGUUUAGUCCAAUAACUUCAUGUGCUAAAGAAAAAGGUAUAGACUUUGAUAUUGACGGAAAUGAAGAGAAACCUAAAUGAAAAUUCAACCCGAAGUACGGCAGGCUGUUUGCCUGUACCUUUGUUCAAUCAGAAAAAGAGGACUAGACAGCCAUUAACUUCCAAUCCACUUAAAAAUGAUCCAGGUAUCAGUACUACUUCUGACAGUUAUGAUUUCCCUCCUCUACCAACAGAUUGGGCCUGGGAAGCAAUGAAUCCAGAGUUGCCUCCUUUAACGAAAACAAUCAACACAGGGCAAAUACCACAUUCAGUUUCUCAUCCUUUGAGAAGUCAAGAUUCUGUGUCUAAGUCUAUUCAACCAAACACUGAUAGGAGCAAGAGUGGUUGGAGCUACAGAGAUGGCAACAAAAAUACCAGCUUCAAAACUUGGGAUAGAAGUGAUUUUAGGCCUCAAUGCAAAAGAACAAACCUAGCGGCAAAUGAUGGAAUAAAUUCUUCUCCAAUGAAUUUGGGAGUGCAACAACAGAAACAGUUAAAAGUAUCUCAACUUCCUAAUUUAUCUCACCAAAGAGAAUGUGAAGUACUCAGACAAACACAUUCUUCAAAAAUACCUGGCUCCACAAUGAGAGGUCUAGAAAGAAACAGUACAUUACAGGCAUUUAAGCCCAAUAUCCAACAAAAUCAAUUCAAGAAAAAAAUGUUAGGUGAUAUUCCAGAAGAAAACGCUCUCAAGGAUGCCUCAUUGUAUCAGUUAAAACUUAAGGAAAAAGAUAAUUCUUUAAGAAUUAUAUCAGCAGUUAUUGAAAGCAUGAAGUACUGGCGUGAACAUGCCCCCAAAACUGUACUUCUUUUUGAAAUAUUGGGUGUUCUCGAUUCAGCUGUUACACCUGGACCAUAUUAUUCAAAGACUUUUCUUAUGAGAGAUGGGAAAAAUACUCUGCCUUGUGUGUUUUAUGAAAUAGAUCGUGAACUUCCAAGACUGAUUAGAGGCCGAGUUCAUAGAAAUGAAGAUUUGCUAUGUGAAGAACCCCAUCCAGCUGAGAUGAUGGGCAAGGAGAAGAUGGCAUGUGUGGUGAAAGAAGGAGUUAUAAAUGUCAACCAUGGUAUUGUGAUCAACUGCAACAUAAGGAAAAGCUGGAGACUAGGAGUUAAUCUGACACAGAUGUAGAGUAGUUAGAGAAGAUGGCGGUGGAUUUAGCAUCCUUUGAGAUCCAAUGCUAGUUAGACCCAAGGAUGUGCAGGGUGGGAGAUGUGAGAAGGGAUGUUGCAGACAAAGGUGACAACUACGGAACUGUUACUUCACAUGCCUUAGUGAAUGAAGGGGAGCAGGAUCUCAAGCCAGGGUCCUGGAAUCACCCUCAGACA